UCAAAAUGGCGGCUCGAUCGAAUGAAAGAACGACAAAAGAUAUUGUGAACACAAUAUUGGAUGAUUACGAAAAGCUGACUCGACAACUGUUCGAAAGUCUCUCUGCAACUUCGCUGUAUCGUGGACCUACCAAGAAUGAUGCGUCUUCCGUAGAUGCAGCCAAGUUCGUCGAACAGUUAACUGAAAAGGAUAAAGAACUCCAAGCAGCAAUAAGAGUUGCUAAAGAGCAAAUGGAAUGCCAGAAAUUAAUACAAGCUGCUAAAGAUAAUGUAUCCAAAAAAGAUCAAGAAAUAUUAAAACUUGAAAAUAGCUUAAAAGAAGCAGAACAAAUUUUGUCACAAGCAUUAUUUCAAGCAAAGAAAAAGUUAUCAGCAAUUGAACAAGCGAACAAAGGAUCAGUGUCUUCUGAAGAGCUCAUCAAAUAUGCUCACAAGAUAAGCAGUAGCAAUGCUGUGGAAGCUCCAACAACUUGGAUGCCAGGAGACCCAAGACGGCCAUACCCUUUGGAUGUUGAGAUGAGGUCGGGAAUUCUGGGUUCAAGGGUUUGUGAUGGGACAAAUGCAGGGGAAAGUUUUCCUUCUGGACAAGAAAAUACAUUGUCAUCAACUGUUGCUAUGUCUACUGAUAGUAUAGCUAAUGGUCAGUCAACAGUACCACUGUCAUGGCAAUCACAUCUCCAUGGAUUACCAAGUACAGCUGAGCAACAAGACUUAGGCAACAAUGUUCUUGGUCCAUCCAAUGGCCGACAAGAACAAAUAACUACAGUAGAAGAAGUAGAGUUCAUGUCAUCAUCUUCUUCGUCUUCAUCUAGUGAAAGCCCAUAGACUUGUAAUAAUUCUACUUUUGUAAAUAAAAUUGUUGUUUAUUUAUCUAU